AUGGUCCAGUGUGACCGAUGCGACGGAUGGCGGCACUAUACAUGCGCCGGGGUGGAUGCGAGUGUGAUGAACCGGGCAUGGGUGUGCGGUGAUUGCACCUCCAUGCAAGAGGAUGCCAUUUCAUUGAAGAGCGGUUCCAGUCGUGCCAGUGCAGCGUCGGCGCUUUCCGUCUGUAUGAGCCAGCUGGUGGAAAGGCAGCAGCUAGAACGAAAACGUGCGGAAAUAGAGCUGCAACGCCGCCAUCUUGAUGAGCAACAAAAACUCAUCGACAAAGUGCUGGAAGGAGAAGAAAAUGGCAGCCAUCGCAGUGAUGUUUCAGCGCGCAGUGCUACCAAUGAAGCGGCUUCACCUACUUCAAGUAAGCGUCUUUCUACUCCACUUCCCCCCGGUGCCCCACUAGCAUCAUCUGUUCGUCGUUCGGUACCGGCGCCGGGUACACCCAGAUCGGUAGCGCCACCGAUGGUAACCAUUCCCCUAGCAGUGUUGAAGCCGUCUGCGUCUCAGUCACCACAGGGAACGAAAUCUGAGGAUGCAUUGUUGGAACUCAGGAACCGAGUGGAGCAAUGCGAAAGGCGAGCAAAACCGACAAACGAACAGCUAUCAGCACUACAAGCACAGUUGGAACUGUGCCGCAACCUACUUGAAGGAUUUCAAUCCAGUGCGGAAAUGUGCGAACGAGUCGGACAACCGGAAGCAAGCAGUACAGUGACGGAGCAGCUACCAAAGCCAGCGGCAAGCCAGCCGCGCAUGGAGAAGCAGACCGGCGCCAUUCCCAAGGCGGGCCGAACGUUAGCAACUGUCCCGGAGUACGAACGAAUUCGGUCUAAAAAUGGUUCCGAAGCUGAAGCAGUAGGUGGAAUCGACCCAAUAAAUCGUCGCUGGCCUGUGAGGGAACCGGUAAGCCAUACUAGUUUGGCAGCGGUAAGUCAAACAAUCGCAGCAACGGAAAACAAUCCAAGCUAUAUGGAACCCCCAGGUAAGCGUCAAGCCUUGAGUAAUUAUUCAAUAAAUGCAAACGAAUACACCUCUCAAUAUUGCCCCACGACCAAUAUGUAUGAAAUUUCCCGUGAACAGUCGCGAAAUUUCGCGCAUCCGGGAAAUAGUAAAAUGCCUCCUGAAGUUCCCCGCGAGCAGCAGCAAGUUUUUCACGCGCGCCCGGGUGUAACACAAAUACUAACUCUGCCCAAGAGUCAAUAUAAGAAUAAAACCGAUGAACGAAUGCGUGAUUCCCCCACAUACCCGGUUGAAUUCAAUAAAUUUCCCCUGCCCCCUCGUCUGUCAGAAAAUGUGUAUCAAGACCAAGUGAUUCCCCCUCGAGCUCCAGGAGGUCCAACGCAGCAGCAGCUAGCAGCACGGCAGUCCCUGGCUAAGGAACUUCCCCGAUUCUCUGGAGACCCAGCGGAUUGGCCGAUCUUUAUUUCAAGCUAUCGAUACACAACAGAAGCCUGCGGCUUUUCGGAUGGUGAGAACAUGCUUCGCCUGCAACGAUGUUUGUCUGGUUCUGCGCUUGAAACAGUACGUAGUCGGCUGGUGUUACCAGCAGCGGUGCCCCAAGUGAUCGAGACACUUCGUAUGCGAUUUGGACGUCCUGAGUUGCUGAUCAACGCUCUGCUACGCAAGGUGCGAGACAUCCCAGCACCACGGUCCGACAGAUUGGAAGGUCUCAUCGAUUUCGGGAUGGCGGUGCAAGCGUUAUGCGACCACAUCGAAGCGGCGAACGAACGCGCUCAUUUAUCGAAUCCUUCACUACUACAGGAACUCGUUGCGAAGCUUCCCGCAGAUCAAAGGAUGAUGUGGGCAGGAUAUAAGCGUAGUUUUCAAGUCGUCGAUUUAAAAACCUUCGGCGAUUACAUGACGUCGGUGGUGCAGGACGCGUCGAGCGUAGUAACCUUCGAACCUGAGUCCAGAAGGAACAACCCACGCGAUCGUCCGAAGAACAAAGCGUUCGUGAACACUCACGCGAUGGAAGGAGCAGUCAGUUCUGUACGGUCAAUAAAUGUGCCAACCGGCGCAGCGAAACAGUUUGACUGCGCACACUGCAGCAAAACUGGUCAUCGAGUGCGCGAGUGUAUUGCAUUUAAAGCGUUGCACGUCGACGACCGCUGGAGAAGAGUCCGAGCUUUAGGUCUUUGUCAGAAUUGUCUAUUCAGCCAUGGACGCAGGGCGUGUCGGAUUCGUAGUAGUUGUGACAUCGAGGGUUGUCAGUUCCGCCAUCAUCCACUGCUUCACUCUCUACGUGGGCCUCCAAAGGCUCCAGCAUCGAAUGCAUUAGUGGCGGAGAAUCACACCCACCGUCUUCUGACUUCGUCGACGCUGUUUCGGAUAAUUCCCGUGAUCCUACAUGGAAGCGACGUCUCGAUUGAUACCUUUGCAUUCUUGGACGAGGGAUCAGAUCUGACACUAAUGGAACAUGAUCUGGCUGUAUCGUUGGGUCUGAAAGGUAGCCCUCAGCCUUUGUGUCUACGCUGGACGGGAAACACUUCCCGCAUGGAAAAGGAAUCGCAACGCAUCACUUUCGAGAUCGCAGGUGAAGGACAGCACAAACGGCACAAGAUAGUGAACGCAAGAACGGUUCAAUGUCUCAAUCUGCCGAGUCAGAGUUUCCAGGUGGAAGAAGCAGCGACAAAACACGCGCACCUUAGGGGGAUUCCGGUUAGCAGCUACCAUAACGCAAAGCCUAAGAUCCUCAUAGGAAUCGACAACCUACGACUUGCGCUACCACUUAAAGUAAGAGAGGGCGAUGGUACCGGUCCUAUAGCUGCGAGAACCAGAUUGGGCUGGUGUGUCUACGGCCCGCGAGAAAGCGGUGACACCGAAGCUUAUAAUUUCCACGUAAGCAGAUGCGAUUGCGACGAAGAACUUCACGAUACGGUGAAGCAGUUUUUUGCCAUCGAAGAAGCAGGCGUGCGCCCGUCAAACAUUCCAAUGUCUAAGGAAGAACAACGAGCGCUAACCAUCCUGGAAACUACAACCCGACGAGUAGAGAACCGUUUCGAAACGGGUUUGUUGUGGAAAGAAGACAAUGUAGAAUUCCCGAACAGCUACACGAUGGCGGUACGUCGUCUAGAAUGUCUCGAACGCAGAAUGGAUCGCGAUCCGCUGCUAAAAGAGAACCUCCAUCGACAGAUGUGCGAAUACGAGGCAAAGGGUUACGCGCACAGGGCUACGAAAGCGGAGAUAGAUGCAGCGGACCCAAGAAGGGUAUGGUACCUCCCGGUGGGAGCGGUAAUAAACCCUAAGAAACCAGGAAAGGUCCGAGUUAUUUGGGAUGCAGCCGCCAAAGUCGAUGGAGUCUCACUUAACAGCGCUCUUCUCAAAGGUCCGGAUCAACUCUCGUCACUUCCAGCCGUGCUAUUCCGUUUUCGACAGUAUGGGGUGGCGGUCAGCUCGGAUAUUCAGGAAAUGUUCCACCAAAUUCGUAUCCGAGAGGAAGAUAAGAAUUCCCAGCGCUUCUUGUGGCGCGCUUGUCCAUCGGAGAAACCUACGAUCUACUUGAUGGAUGUCGCUACCUUCGGGAGCACCUGUUCACCAGCUUCGGCACAAUUCGUCAAAAAUCGGAACGCAGUACAGCACGCUGAACUGUUUCCUGAGGCAUCGAAAGCGAUCGUCCACGAUCACUACGUUGACGAUUACCUGUCGAGUUUCGGAUCCGUAGAAGAGGCGACAAAGGUAGCAAACGACGUGCGAUGCAUUCACGGCCAAGGAGGCUUCAAAUUGCACAACUGGCGAUCAAAUAGCGGCACGGUCCUCGAGCAACUGGGCGAAGUACCAGAUGGAACUGAGAAGCAACUGAACCUGAUCGACGGGUCGACAACCGAGAGAGUGCUCGGUAUGCUUUGGAGCCCAUCAUCCGAUGAACUGAGUUUCUCUACUCAAAUGAGCGACGAGGUACAAACACUGAUUCGCAUGGCAACCCGACCGACGAAGAGGCAGAUUCUACGUUGCGUCAUGACGUUGUUUGAUCCACUGGGGUUACUCUCGCCGUUUAUCAUCCACGGAAAGGUCUUGAUCCAGGACCUGUGGCGCGAAGGCACGGAUUGGGACGAACAAGUAGGCGAUUUAGUCUAUGCGAAGUGGCAGAGGUGGAUCGAGAUGAUCAACCAUAUCGCAGAGAUCCGAAUUCCCAGAUGUUACUUCCCCAACGCCACGAGAAGGACCUACCUCAGGGCUGAAAUGCAUGUGUUUGUCGACGCAAGCGAAGUAGCUUAUUCGUGCGCUAUCUACUUACGCACCUUCAACGAACACGGUAAACCACAGUGCAGCUUAGUAGCGGCAAAAUCAAAGGUCGCCCCCCUGAAACCGUGGUCUAUUCCCAGGCUGGAACUGCAGGCAUGUGUACUGGGCGUACGGUGGUCAAAAUUUGUGAAGGAAAACCUCGACGUCCCAGUUUCCAAGACGGUUUUCUGGACCGAUUCCAGAACGGCGCUAUCCUGGAUUAAUGCCGACCCUCGAAACUAUCGACAGUUCGUGUCCUGUAGAGUAGGUGAGAUACUUGAGCAUACUUCGGUAAGCGACUGGAGAUGGGUGCCUUCCAAAUCAAAUCCAGCGGACGAAGCAACGAAAUGGGGUAGUGGACCGUACUUCAACCACGACAGCAAGUGGUUCCAAGGACCGCAUUUCCUGAAUCUCCUGGAAGCAGAUUGGACCUGUCGCAAAGAACCGGUGAUGGUUACCGUGGAAGAAAUGCGUGUAUCGACACUACAUCACAGUUCGUUUGAACCAACGAUCGAUUUCGACCGAUUCUCUUCCUGGGACAGGUUGCAACGUGCGACCGCAUACGUUCUCCGUUUUCUGCACAAUGUAUCGAAGAAACAGCCACGAUAUAGUGGACAGCUGCAACAGUCGGAGCUGAAGGCUGCUGAAGAAGUCAUCUUCAAGUUGGUGCAACGUGAACAAUACCCGGACGAAGUUGCAGCGCUGUCAAACAAAGCGCCCAAUGAGACCGGUCAAGAAGUCAUCGGGAAAAACAGUUGCAUCUACCAAAUGAUGCCGAAGCUGGACGAGAAGGGUUUGCUACGUGAACAGGGUCGAAUCGCGGCAGUUAAGAACGUCGCCUACAACGUGCGCCAUCCCGUGAUUCUACCGAGAAGGCAUCGCGUCACGGAACUUCUGGUGCAUCGAUUCCACCGCAACUUUCGCCAUGGCAAUGCUGAAACGGUCGUUAACGAAGUUCGACAAUUGUACGCUAUCCCGAGGCUUCGAUUGGUGGUCAAGAAAGUGGGCAGAGAAUGCCCGUCCUGCAAAAUACGGCGAACCAGACCAAUGAUCCCUCCAAUGGCACCACUGCCAUCUGCCCGCUUAGCCCAUCACGAGCGAGCUUUCACCUACACAGGGGUGGAUUAUUUCGGACCAUUGCUGGUGAAGUUGGGGCGAUCCAAUAGUCCUGUAUUUCGUGCGUCCGCCGAUUCGUUGGACGGCGCGGGCCACCUGCCGAGUUUUUCAGCGACAACGGAACGAAUUUCCAAGGAGCCGAUCGAGUACUGCAGCCAGGGACUGUCCGCAACGUUUACCAGUGCAAACACGAAGUGGAACUUCAUACCACCAGGAGCACCACACAUGGGCGGAGCGUGGGAACGCCUAGUACAGUCCGUUAAAGCUGCAAUGAAAGAAGCGUAUUCCGAGGGGAAGCUUGACGACGAGGGGUUGCAGACGUUGGUCGUGGAGGCUGAAAGUGUCGUGAACUCAAGGCCUCUGACGUAUCUGCCAUUGGAGAGCGAGGAGACCGAGGCCCUCACCCCGAACCACUUCCUGUUGUUAAGUUCGAAUGGGAUGAAGCAAAUGAACGACGAAGAUGAAGGACCGAGACAGUUCAGCGAAUCAGUUCGGUGUCGAAUCCUGGGGGAUUCCUGGGAGCACAUCCAGCAUCAGCUAGAUGUAUUCUGGGGGCGCUGGUUGGUGGAAUAUCUGCCGGUGAUCCGCCGACAACCGAAAUGGUUCAGCGAGACACCAUCAUUGAAACCAGGCGACCUGGUAAUGGUCGCGGAGCCGACGAGACGGAGUGGCUGGGAGCGAGGGCGAAUAGUUUGCCUGAAGCAGCAUGCGGACGGCAGAAAUCGACGAGCGGUUGUGAACAUAGGCGACAAGACUUGUAUUCGACCGGUGACGCGGUUGGCUUUGCUCGACGUCAAGGAGAGUGGAGCUCCGGCGGACUCCGGACUACACCCGGGGGAGACUGUCAACGCAGAAACCGUCGAGCUGGCAACACUGCCUGACAAAGGCAACGCGUCCGCUUCAAAAGCAACACAACAGUGA